AUGCGCAUGUUUUGCCUCGUAAGCACACGCGCCAGCCCCAUUCGGUUAUCGGUCCGUAAACCUAUAGCUAUGUCACAGUUUCUUUCUCGACUUUUCAACUCUACUGCUAAUCCCAAAAUGUCAUUUCCGGUUGAUAAAAGUGAGGAUGAAUGGCGAGCCAUACUUAACAAAGAACAAUUCCGUGUGUUGAGAAAACAAGGUACCGAAGCUCCAUUUGCCGGAAAAUACAAUGAGCAUAUGCCUAACGAAGGCGUAUAUAAUUGUGCUGGCUGUGAUGCGCCACUCUACAAAGCAACCCACAAAUUUAAGUCAAGUUGUGGAUGGCCAGCGUACUUUGACAGCAUUCCUGGCUCUGUUAUUCGACGUACAGAUAAUACACUAGGGAUGUCACGAACGGAGAUUUUGUGCGCUAAUUGUGGUGGUCAUCUUGGCCAUGUCUUUAAGGGAGAAAGAUACAAUACGCCAACAGACGAGAGGCAUUGUGUGAAUAGUAUCAGCAUCAAAUUUUCUCCAGAAGAGGCUUAA